CACAUCGUAUACCUGUCGCUAAAGUAAAGUACGUACGUGACCGGUGGCCAGCCAAAUUGACCACGCACACACCUGUCUGUGCCUGCGACUGCGAAGAAGCAAAAUGGCAGCCUACGAGAAGCAGCAGCGGCCGGAGACGCCGCUGAACGCCGCGUACUACGGCCAGCCGAUCCCUCCGCCGCAGCCGCCCGCGUACUACCCGCCACCGCCGCCGCCGCCACCCGUCCCACGCCGCGGCGGCCGCUCACGCUGCCUGCUCGGCUCCGUCGUGGCCCUCGUCGUCGCGCUCGGCGUCGCCACCCUGGUGCUCUGGCUCAUCUUCCGCCCGGACAACCUCAGGGCCUACGCCGACUCCGCCGCGCUCUCCCGCUUCGACCUCGGCAGCGGCGGGGACCUCCUCCAGUACAACCUCACCGUGGACAUCCGCGUGCGCAACCCCAACCGCUUCGGGAUCCGCUACGACUACGCCGAGGCGCAGGCGUUCUACGACGGCGACCGCUUCGGGUUCGACCCGCUGCAGCCCUUCUACCUGGGCCGCAGGAGCGACGCCCGGGUCACGGCCACGUUCAGCGGCUCGGCGGCGAUGGACGACGGCGGCGACGCGCUGCGCACGUACCGGAGGGAGAGCGGGGAGGGCUUCUACUACGUCACGGUGAAGGUGUACUCGGACCUUAGCUUCAGGGUUAGGGUCGUCCGCCGCCAUGACUUCAAGAGCAAGAUCACCUGCGUGCUGCGGCUGCCCGUGCCCGCUGCCGGCGGCAACGCCAACUCCACCACGGCGAUGACGACGCUCGGGACGAGGUGCGACGUGGACUUCUGAUCAUCCUUGCCGCCGACUGUGCAAAGGGCGCUCUGUGCAUGCAUCCUUUCGCAGUUUGUAUUAUUUGGCCGGCCGGGCCGGGCCGGGGAUAACGUUAUGGACAAUGUCUAUAAUUGUUUGAACGGUACACUGUGAAUGCUCAUUAUUUCCUUCUUUCAUAUGCAUGCAUAUAAUUGAAUAAAGUGUUUGGUUUUUAGAGAUUAAUUUUUAAUCCCUGCAUUUAGUUA